GACACCAUUUCAAUAUUCUUAUUGGGCUUAAUCCUUAUUAGGCCCAUUUAAUAUACAAGCCCAGAUCAAAUAUGAAAAACCUAGGUCAUCACUAUAAGUGUGUGCUGCUUGCUUCUUCAGAAAACCCUAGCCGCAGGGGGAAAAUGACGACGAGAUUCAAGAAGAACAGGAAGAAGCGUGGCCACGUCAGCGCCGGACAUGGUCGUAUCGGAAAGCACCGAAAGCAUCCCGGAGGUCGUGGUAACGCCGGAGGAAUGCACCACCACAGGAUCCUCUUCGACAAGUACCAUCCCGGUUACUUCGGUAAAGUCGGUAUGCGAUACUUCCACAAGCUUCGCAACAAGUUCUUCUGCCCGAUCGUCAACCUCGACAGGCUUUGGUCGCUCGUCCCCGAGGACGUGAAGGCGAAAGCUACAAAGGACAAGGUUCCUUUGAUCGAUGUGACGCAGCACGGGUUCUUCAAGGUGUUGGGGAAAGGUCAUUUGCCUGCGAACAAGCCUUUUGUGGUGAAGGCGAAGCUUAUCUCGAAGACUGCUGAGAAGAAGAUUAAGGAAGCUGGUGGUGCUGUUGUUCUUACAGCUUAGGUUUUGUUAUAACUUGUCUUGUUUUGGAUCUUGAGUUUUGGAACUUAUGUUGGAUUUUAUAAAUGGUUGUUAUGACA